UCUUUAUGAAUUCUUCCAUCACCUGAAACCCUAGUUUUUUGUAGUUGCUCGCUGUGUUUCUUCUUUUCACAUUCCCAAUAUAUUGGUCCAAAGAGCGGAGCCAGAAGAGAAAAGGCUAGGAAAAUGGCAGGUAAAGGAGAGGGUCCAGCGAUCGGUAUUGAUCUCGGUACAACGUACUCUUGCGUGGGUGUUUGGCAACAUGAUCGUGUGGAGAUCAUUGCCAAUGAUCAAGGAAACAGAACGACGCCGUCCUAUGUUGGAUUCACUGAUACAGAGCGUUUGAUCGGAGAUGCAGCAAAGAAUCAGGUGGCUAUGAACCCCAUUAACACCGUUUUUGAUGCGAAGAGGUUGAUUGGAAGGAGAUUCAGUGAUGCCUCUGUUCAGAGUGACGUCAAAUUGUGGCCAUUUAAGGUCAUUCCUGGUCCUGGUGACAAGCCCAUGAUUGUUGUUACAUACAAAGGUGAGGAAAAGCAAUUUGCUGCUGAAGAGAUCUCCUCCAUGGUCCUAAUAAAAAUGCGGGAGAUUGCUGAGGCUUACCUUGGCUCCACCGUCAAGAAUGCUGUGGUUACUGUCCCUGCCUACUUCAAUGAUUCACAACGUCAGGCCACCAAGGAUGCUGGUGUAAUUGCUGGUCUUAAUGUGAUGCGUAUCAUCAAUGAGCCCACAGCUGCUGCUAUUGCAUAUGGUCUUGACAAGAAGGCUACUAGUGUUGGUGAGAAGAAUGUCUUGAUUUUUGAUCUUGGUGGUGGAACUUUCGAUGUUUCCCUUCUCACCAUUGAGGAGGGUAUAUUUGAGGUGAAGGCCACAGCUGGAGACACGCAUCUGGGGGGUGAAGAUUUUGAUAAUAGAAUGGUGAACCACUUUGUACAGGAGUUUAAGAGAAAGCAUAAGAAGGACAUCAGUGGCAACCCCAGAGCUCUCAGGAGGCUGAGGACAUCCUGCGAACGUGCUAAGAGAACUCUCUCAUCAACUGCACAGACCACAAUUGAAAUCGACUCCUUGUAUGAGGGUAUUGACUUCUACUCCACCAUCACACGAGCCAGGUUUGAGGAACUUAACAUGGAUCUGUUCAGAAAAUGUAUGGAACCAGUUGAGAAGUGUUUAAGAGAUGCCAAGAUGGACAAGAGCACUGUACAUGAUGUUGUGCUUGUUGGUGGGUCAACUAGAAUUCCCAAGGUCCAGCAGCUUCUACAGGACUUCUUUAAUGGCAAGGAGCUCUGCAAGAGCAUCAACCCUGAUGAAGCUGUUGCUUAUGGUGCUGCUGUCCAGGCAGCUAUUUUGAGUGGUGAGGGUAAUGAGAAGGUGCAGGACCUCCUUUUGUUGGAUGUCACUCCUCUCUCUCUUGGUUUGGAAACUGCUGGUGGUGUUAUGACUGUGUUAAUACCCAGGAAUACCACCAUCCCCACCAAGAAGGAGCAAGUGUUCUCUACCUACUCCGACAAUCAGCCAGGUGUCUUGAUCCAGGUAUACGAAGGAGAAAGAACAAGGACAAGAGAUAACAACUUGCUUGGUAAAUUUGAGCUCUCUGGCAUUCCUCCGGCUCCAAGGGGCGUACCACAGAUCACAGUGUGCUUUGACAUUGAUGCUAAUGGCAUCUUGAAUGUAUCUGCUGAGGACAAGACAACAGGACAGAAGAACAAGAUCACCAUUACCAAUGAUAAGGGAAGGCUCUCCAAAGAGGAGAUUGAGAAGAUGGUUCAAGAAGCAGAAAAAUACAAGUCUGAGGAUGAAGAACACAAGAAGAAGGUUGAGGCGAAGAAUGCAUUGGAGAAUUAUUCAUACAACAUGCGGAAUACAGUGAAGGAUGAGAAGAUCGGUGCCAAGCUUCCACCAGGUGAUAAGAAGAAAAUAGAAGAUGCCAUAGAGUCGGCCAUUCAAUGGUUGGACAGCAACCAGUUAGCUGAAGCUGAUGAGUUUGAGGACAAGAUGAAGGAAUUGGAGAGCAUCUGCAAUCCCAUCAUUGCCAAGAUGUAUCAGGGUGCUGGAGCUGACAUGGGUGGUGGAAUGGAUGAUGAUGUCCCAUCAGGUGGCAGCGCUGCCGGUCCUAAGAUUGAGGAAGUUGACUAAAUAUGUUUUGUGGGGUUUCCGUUCUCCCUUUUGCUAGGUUUUCGAUUUUUAUCUUCUUUUUGAAAUAUUCAUGUGACAUGUCGACUAUUUUUGGGCUUUGACGUAUUAUAAAGGUAUAUUCAAAGCCAACCACCGUUACGAUCCUUGAUUAAACUUCUAGGCGUCCAAACAUGUAAAAUGGGAGAGGGGUUGCCAAGCCCUGAUUUCAGCAUCUCCCGACCCAAAAAUGAAAGUUGCGAAUAUUUAUCCAUAAAAAAUUGCACUAGUUAAUAUUUACUUA